UGUCGUCGUCGUCGGAGACUUGGGGCUGCAGAAGUCAGUCUCCGGCCGGGCAAGUUCCGUCGCUUCUUCAAUCCAGAAGGAAUUCGAUGGCAUGUUGAGAGUAGUGGGAGCUGUGGCGCGUCCCCCCCGGCAAGCCCAGCUGCCGAAGGGCACAUGGCUGCUCGUGAUUAGUUCGCUGCGUGGGCGGCUUCGCCUCUCUCUUGACCCGGCCGGCCGCGUCGCGCUGCCGCCUGCACGUCCGCACAGCAUGUAUCUGCUCCUUAUCCUGCAUAGCUACGCCCCUUCGCGUGAGUGCGUGCUUAGCUCUGCUUCUGCUCUUCGUUGUUAAACGCGUUGUCUCCACGUGAGAAAUCCCGGCUCGUUUCAUACGUAUGAUCUCGCGCCAUCUGAGUUCUUCAACUUGCUAUAAGCCUAUAACUGCAGCCGCUAUUGUUGCUGCCAGUUUGUUGGUUGGUUUCUUUGGUUUGCUACGUAGGGGUGAGUGGCUUUGGCCAUGCCGGGCAGGUCAUGGCUCGCCGACCUGCUGUCGCGGCUCGGCGCGGGUGCCAGGGUGGACGGGCUCGGAAUCCUGGCCUUCGAGGCGGCGACCGCCAUGUCGCGACUCGUGUCCCUCCACCGGACGCUGUCCGACGUGGAGGUGAGGAGGCUCCGCGGGGACGCCCUGCGCGCCGAGGGCGUAGCGCGGCUGACGUCCGCGGACCAGUCCCUCCUCCUCCGGCUCGCGUGCGGCGAGCUCGUGGCGGACCUCGACCGAACCGCCGACACCGCCGCGCGCCUCGGCGCGCGGUGCUGCGCGGACGCGCCGCUCCUGCGGGGCUUCGACCGGGUCUACGCCGAGGCGAAGCGGGGCCGCCUCGCGCAGUUGGACGCCACGAUCGUGUUCUCCAGGGGCGCGGGGAAGCGGUUCAGGAAGAUGGAGCGGCACGUGGCCGUGGCGGUGAAGCUGUACGCCGAGAUGGACGCGCUCAGCGAGCUCGAAGCGUCCGAGCGGCGGAUGGAGCAGUGGAAGCAGCACAGCGGGCCGAUCCCGGCGCAGGCGCCGGGCAAGAGGCAGGCGGCCGAGCCCGGGGAGAAGCUGAUGCGCGAGCUCAGGGCGCAGCGGCACAAGGUGCGACGGCUUAUGGAGGGAUCGCUCUGGAGCGUCCCCGCCCGCAAGGCGGCGAAGCUCAUAGCCAAGUCGGUCCUUGCCGUGCUCGCGCGCAUGUCCAUUGCCUUCGGCGCGUUCGUUCCAGGAUUGCCACCGUUGACAGUAGGCCGUGCGCCGGCGCUGGGCCACUUGUCCGGCCCAUUACAUCGGGCGGCGACGCCUGACGCAGCGCUCCGGCACUCGGCACCCAUCUUUCGCCAGAAAGACACCGCCUUGCAAGUGUUGGAAUCGAUCAAGCCGUCAGCGAGCACGGUCGGGGGCUCCGGGAUGGAGUUGCGGUACGCGAACGUGGUCUUGUCCGUCGAGACUCUGCUCGAUGCACUGAAGCCGGCAAGCGACACCGAGGAGUUGCGGGCAGGGAUCGAUCUCUCGAGGAGAGACGGGCUGUACAAGAUGCUGCCCAUGAGCAUCCGCAAGGCCGUGAAUGCGGAGCUGAGAGAGAGCUGGCGAGGGCAGCCAGUGAACGAGGAAGCCGCGGCGGCGUCGAGGGACGCGGUGGCCAGCGUGCUGCGUUGGUUGGGCCCGAUGGCGCACGACACGGUGCGGUGGCAUGACGAGCGGAGCAUGGAGCGGGCGCAGAGGUUCAGCAUGCGACCCCGCGCGCUGAUGGUGCAGACGCUGCACUUCGCCGACCGGCAGAAGGCGGAUGCCGCCAUCGUCGAGGUGCUCGUCGGCCUUAGCUGCGUCUGCUGGUACGACGAUGAGCGGCGCCGGCUGGAGUCGAUGGACUGGGACGACGAGUAGCAGUUACAGAUAGCUGGGCUGGUGCUGUGGAUUGUGUUCUGUACUUACGUGUGAAUACCAUAGUAGAUAACUACAAAUCAUCUGUACAUUUGCAUUAGUGGAUCAAACAAUUGUAUUGAUAUUUAUUUUUAUUUGAAUAAUGAUACAACAAUUCAUGGCAA